ACUGUCCUUUCUCCCACUUUCCUGUUUUGCCCUCUACUGUUUCUUUCCACCUUUCUCGCAUAGAAUUGGCUCUAUGAUUUUCUUAAUCUCAAUUCUUUUGUCCGUGGCCUUCACUCCUCUCAAAGAAUCUGUUUUCUUUGUUUUGCCUUCAGUGCUUUGUUUCUCCUUUACUCUCUUGGAAUAUGGCUUUUAGUGUUUAGUGUUUACUGUGCUGAUAUAUUUCCUUUUCUGAAUUUAAUUGAUUCUCGUCGCUGGUAGUCAAUCAUGGAAAGAGAAAGUUGGGUUCUGCGGCUUGAGCUUACUUUUGGUGUUUUGGGUUUGUUUGCUCUGUUGAGAUUUGAGCACCAAACACCCCUGACCCCUCCAUCUUCUUUUAGAACUCAAAUUUGAUGAUUUCCUAUCUCUUGCCCAUUUCCCUCAUCUCAAUCACAUUUCCUUUCUUGCUGCAAGCGGUAGAGGAAGAUUGAGGAGGGGAUUUAGUGAAGAGAGAAGAAAGAAGUAGGUAUAUUAAUCUGGGCAUGGGAGUCCAACGGGGAAAAUUUUGAGUGGUGGGGCUAGGCCAGAGGUGAGAAGAGGAGGUGAGAAAAGGGAAGAGACAACGGGGAUGGGCAAUGGGUAAUAGUUGGAGAAGAGAUUGGAAGAGGAAGAUCGUGGGUUCAGGAAGGCUAGUCACAGUGGUGGCUGAUUUUCCAAAUUUGAGUUUAUUGCCUGCUGAUGGCAAUGAUUGGGUGCUCUGUUUUGGUUGGAGGAGAAGAAGAGGCCUGAACUCCUCGCAGAAGCUGAUGUGUCGGUCCAGUGCUUCCUCGGUGGAGAAUACAGAGGUCGCAAAUCUAACAGCCUUGGUAGCGUUCCCGGACGGGGAGGAUGUAGGCCGGAGUGCAUUCCUCAAUAAAGCGGUAGCAAUCACAUUUGACGAACUGGAUUUUAGUGAGAGGAGUGACUUUAGUUGACGGUGACUGAGUCUUUGAGCUGGCGAAUACCAUGACUCGAGAUAGAACAUUGGGGAUUGGUUAUAACAUUGUUUGAAAUUAUUUGAGUUUUGAAAUUGAAAAUCGUAUGGGAAAAACAGAAAAACAAACAUGUUAUAACAUU